GGGACAGCGAAGGCGACCACCAUUUUCACGCGUCAUUGUAGAUUUUUAUUUUAUAGCUAAAACAAAAAGUGAAAUUGUGUUUGAAAUAAUUAAAAUAUGGACCGGGCCGAUAAGCUACGCGGCAUGAAGAUAUGCCGGUUUUGUCUGGCGGACGAUUCAUUGACAAACAUUUACGAAAGGAACGCCAAAGACAAGCACUCUGUACCGCUGCCGUUGCAAAUUAUGGCGUGCAUAGCAAUCGAGGUUUUUGCUAAUGAUGGAAUGCCACAACUUAUCUGCAAUGUAUGUCGCAACCUUACAAUGCAAGCAUACACAUUUAAAACAAAUGCUAAAAAGGCAGACGAUGCUCUUAAAUUGUUUUUGGCCACUGGACAGUUAAACAAACCUCAAAUGAAAAAUGUACCUUUACCAGCUGAUAAAAAAGUAACAAACCCGGAAAAAAAUUUUGGAAAAAUAUUUAAACAAGCCGAAAUUGCAAAGCCGCAACAGCAGCAACAUCAACAGCAACAACAACAAGCCCAACAAUUAACCAGGGUUGUAAAAGUAGAACAAAGUGAAGUAGUCACCUUAAAUUUUGAUCAAAAUUCAGGUGAACAAAUAAUCACGGAUGAUACAGUUGAGGACGAGAUUAUUGGUAUGGACAUGGAUGAAGAUGAAAACUCGCAAGAUGAAUCCUAUGAAGAUGAAGAUUCUUCAAGGGGAAAAUCCAAACUGGUUAAGACUGAUAUUUAUCCGUGUCCGCAUUGUGAAAGGUCUUUUCCCUUGCAACAGCUACUUGAUUUGCACGUAGUAAAUCACGACCGUCAAAGACUGCAUCAAUGCGAUUUGUGCGAAAGACGAUUUUUCACGAAAUACGACUUGAACAAACACGCACAAACGCAUUUGGGCGACAAACCCUACGAAUGCGCCGUGUGCAUGAAAACCUUCAGUCGCGAACCGCUUCUAAGACGACACGAGAAAAUACAUGCCAGCGCGGCCAAAUACAUUUGCACCGAAUGCGACAAGACGUUUAUAACUCAAAACAGUCUGACCAUGCACAUGGAAAAGCACAACAAAAAACGUCCGUUCGUCUGCAACAAGUGCGACAAGAGUUUUGUUUUCAAGCAGGGUUUGGAACGUCACGAGCUUAUCCAUAACGAAAACAAACCGCACAAGUGCAACUACUGUGAGGCUAGUUUUAAUUCGGCCAUAAAACUGACGCGUCACAUCACCACUCACGCGGGUCUUCGCCCUUAUCCGUGCAAAUUGUGCGGCAGGACGUUCUUGCUGAGCCACCAUUUGACGAGGCACAUGCGCAGUCACUAUGCCGCCAUGUCAUCUACGCCGGAAAAGUCGAUCGGCGAGCACAAGUGCGAUAUUUGCAGCAUGUCGUUCAGGAGAAAGGAUUUCUUGAUCAAUCACAGCGCCAUCCACUCGAUGGUAAACCUGAGGUGCGUGAUUUGCAAUACUUCGUUCGAAAACGCAAAGUUGGUAAAGGAGCACAUUACGACGCAUCUGUCCGAUUUGCCGUAUCCUUGCGAUAAGUGCGACUACUCGUUCAGCAGCCAGGAGCAGCUGGAAGAGCACGAGUUGAAGCACGCGGAAAUGGAAUACGAAGAACAAAUCGAGAAGGAAGUUAUUGCGGAGGCGAAAAAGGGGGAUGACGAUGAUGAUGAUGAUGAUCCGAUCGCUCUUCACGAUGAAGAUUACGAUGACCAGGACAUUGACGAGUUUACUUUGACGAACGAUAUCAACAAUCCUGAAGUUGUUAGAAGGGAAAAGAAAAAGGAACCGAUUAUUGAGUUUUUAAAGGACGAGACUCAUUCCGAGGACGACGACGAAGAAGCAGCGAGGGCAGAGGAGGAAGCAGAAGAGUAUGAAGUAGUGAAAGAAAGAUUGAAGCCCAUUAUAAGAACUGAAGGCACGAAAGUCUACACGAGAAAAUCCACGAUGCAGCGAAAGAUUCCAGAUAUUUCCAAACAAAUGUCUUCAACCAUGGCUUCCUUGGACGAGAUCAACGAGCCCAAUUUGUUGGACAUUCCUUCGGGAGCUAUAAACCAGUUACCGAACAAAGGAAUCAUGAACAUGAAAAUGGGCGAUAAAGUGGUGCGCGUUCAAAAAUACAUCGUCACAAAGGACGAAAUGAAAGCGAUGGCCAAAAAAGGCAUACUGGAAAUGAAGGGCGGCAACGUUGUAUUCAGGACCCCUGGCAGGCAAACUUUAAGUGCUACGCUGAAAUCCAUAGCGCAAGACGAUUUGGAAGCCAUUAUUGAUAGAAAUCAAAGGUCCAAUAAAAAAACUUACCAACGAAAAAUUUCCGCUGAAGAAAACACUAUGGAAUCCACAAUGGACAGCUUUGUUGAACAUGAUAUUAGUUUUGGAGAACCUAGCGGUAAUAUUAGUUUAGACGUGGACAUGUCUUAAAUUGUAUAUUGUAUCAUACAAUUUGUAUGUAAUCUUUUUUUUUUAAGACGGUGUAAUGUGGUGCACAAAUGGCUGUAUUUUGAUCGAUAAUUAAUCCUGCUACAUUUUUGCUGUGAUAAGUUUUUGUGUAGCAGUAAAUGGCUAUAUAAAUGGCUGUUAAGCUACGAUCAAACUAAAUUUAGGAGGCAAAGCACUGUACCACUUUUCAGAUGCAGUAAAAAUACCAAAAUUUAUCGGAAAUGAUCGCGAGCAGCUUUAUUUCAAGACUCACUGUUGUCUAAAAAUAGUAGCUAUGUCAGGAUGCUGAAAUAGUUUUUAAUCAAGUAGAUCCUAAUUUUUUUUAAAUUAAUUAUUUAUUUAUUAUUAAAAAAAAGCAUUUUUUAUUUAUUGUAAUAUUGGAGUUUUUUCAACUCCUGAUCCAAUUUGCUUUGGUAUGUAUUUUUUAGGUGUAAUUUGGUUUUUUCCAGUUUAAACUUGACAAGUCUUUUCAUGACCACUUCUAAAAACUUUCUCAUGAUGUCUGAUGCUCUUGAGUUAACCAUAAUAUUGUUGACCAUGCUCAACCACCUGCACCAUCUUGGCCUUAAAAUUGUGUUAAACAACCUAACUGCUUUUGUUUACAUCAGACAUAAACCACAAGUCGUCAACACUUCUUUUUCCUUUGCACAUCCUCGCCAGCAUUUUCCAUUAUGUCUAUUUCCACAGCUCUCACACUGUUGUUACGAUUAUCCAUAUUGUUAGUGACUUUCCUUCCUAGGGUACCUAGGGUAUUCUUUGACCAAUGGCGAGAUUUUUUAAACUGAUCCCUUUCGAAUCGUUCGCUUCCGCCUCUGCCAGGUUGUUUCAGUACGAUUUCGCACGAAAUUGACCUGUAUGAUACGCGUAACCUAAAAUCGGUAAUUCCGUUAAAUUUACAUAAUUUUACGUUAAUUACGAUAAUUUAAAAAAUAGAAAUAAAACGAUACUGCUGGAACUUAACUAAUAUCACAUAUAGUAAUACCUAAUGUUUUGUUCUACUAUUACGGAAUAUAACCAUUCUAAUAUCACUUUUUAUUUCUUAUCUUAUUUUAUCAUCGGAUAAACUGGUGGCGACAUCUCUGUAUGUUUAGACCGAUUCAACCUUACUUCUCCAAAUUAAAUUAUUUUCUUUGGUAUUUUUUGACAACGUAAAAAAAGUAUAGUUUGAAACACGUUUGGAAUUGCAUAUUCCGCUCUCGUGAAACCGUCAAACUUUUCUUUGAAAACUAACUUGAUCCUGGAAAAUGCAAAAAAAGUCAACUUUUAUAAUUUCCGUCGUUAUUUUUGUUUUCAAAAUUCGUUUUUAAUAACAAACAAGUUUUUAUUAUAAAAAAUUUCAAAUUUGUUUUUCAAAACUUUGAAUCGUUCUCAUGAUGUAAAAACAUGUUUUUUUAAAGACCUGUACGUAGUAAUGUUAAAUUUUCGACGAUCAACAAUGAGG